CAUUUCUAUUUAGUUCUUUGCAUUCACAGUUAAUUAGCAAAUAUAUCGUGGUAACUGAGCUGAAGAAUGUAUGUGUUUACAUGAAGGUGAGCAGCACUGUGUCAAUCAAAGCGGCAGUUGUUUGAAUUCGAAAGUGGGCGUUAGCGGGGGAUUAUGACGUCAGCGUCAGACAGAUCUCAGCGCGUUCGAUCACCACGAGCGUUCCAAAGUUUCAAUGGCUAGUGAUUUAAAGCGUCAAUUCCGCGGCCGCUCCGCGCUAUAUGGAACCAUAUAAACGGCUGAGAUAUUUUGGCGUGAAAAAGAAUUGCUCCUACGCAGUGACCUUUUGGUGCUCGAAUGCACAAUAUCGCGUAGGAGUCGCUGUGUGCGCGGUGUACGUUUGCUCUCUGCCUGUUUUCUUUCAUCGCUAAAUGGAGUCACGGGUGGAAUUCAGUCGAGAAGAGAUCAACAGCACGGUAUGGGAAGUUCCGGUCAAGUACGUUUGCUUGAAGCAGAUUGGAACUGGAGCUUAUGGCACCGUGUGCUCGGCCAUCAACAAUAAUUUAAAAGAGAAGGUGGCCAUCAAGAAGCUGCACCGACCCUUUCAGUCAGAGAUCUUCGCGAAGAGAGCCUAUCGUGAACUGAGCCUGCUCAAACAUAUGAAACAUGAAAAUGUAAUAGGCCUGCUAGAUGUCUUCACUCCUGCCUCCAGAAUGGACGACUUCCAAGACUUCUACCUGGUGAUGCCGUACAUGUACACAGACCUCUCUAAAGUCAAGGGCAUCCUUACAGAAGACCGCAUCCAGUUCCUGGUCUAUCAAAUGCUGUGCGGGCUGAAGUACAUUCAUGGUGCUGGCAUCAUUCAUAGAGACCUCAAACCAGGAAACCUGGCUGUGAACCAAGACUGUGAGCUGAAGAUCCUGGAUUUUGGCCUGGCGCGUCAUGCAGAAGCAGAGAUGACCGGUUACGUGGUGACACGGUGGUACCGGGCCCCUGAGGUCAUUCUAAACUGGAUGCACUACACACAGACAGUGGAUAUCUGGUCUGUUGGGUGCAUCAUGGGUGAAAUGUUCAAUGGAAAAACACUCUUUAAAGGAAAAGACUACAUGGACCAGUUGACUCAGAUAAUGAAAGUAACCGGGACACCAGGUCCAGAAUUUAUUGAGAAACUAGAAAGCCCAGAGGCAAAAAGCUAUGUCAGAUCCCAGCCCCGUUACCCACGCAAAGACUUCUCGACAUUGUUUCCCAGAGCCAGUAAAAAAGCGGUAGAUCUGCUUGAGAAGAUGCUAGUGUUAGAUGCUGAUGCUCGUCUCACUGCUGAUGGUGCGUUGGCACACAGUUAUUUUGAUGUCCUGAGGGACCCAGAGGACUGCCCAGAGCCCACACCAUACGAUGACAGCUACGACAACGCCACAUUGCCCUUAGAAGAGUGGAAACGUUUAUCGUUUAAAGAAGUGAGAAGCUUUGUUCCUUUCCCAAGAAGAGACUCAAAGAGAAGAAACACACUCACAAUGUCCUAGAGAUGUGGGUCUGACAUUAUCAGCGUACUGUAUUGCAAAUAUGCAAUUUAGUCUCUGUCUCGGAACAAUUUAGGAUGUUUAUUUACUCUUAAAAAAGUAUAUGAAUAGCAGUAUUUUUUACAAUAACUGACUGCUUGAGGAAUGUGUGGUAUACUUGGACAUUUUAUUUAGAUUUAGUGGUAAAUAUCCUACAUUUUUCACCAGUGUGAAUAGCACCUUAAAGGGAUCAUUUGCUCACCCUCACACCAUUUAUUAAGAAUGUAUUCCAUCCCUGUGCCAUGUCAAACAACUUGUGGGCUAUAUUCAAAGUCAUCUAAAGCUGUAUGGUAGCUUUUCACAAAAAAAAAAGAAAACUACUUCAAAUGACAUAAGGGUGAGUAAAUGACGACAGACUUUUUAUUUUUUAUUAAACUAUCCCCUAAGUGCUAUCAGAUUAAAAAUGCUCUAUAAAAGGACAGCCAUAUACAGUUUCAUGUAUUUUAGUUUUGUGGGUCUUAAAGUUCAAGUACUUCACAACCAGUAUACUGUUUUUUUUUUUGUUGUUGUUUUUUAAGAAAGAAAGAGAGAAAUUAAUACUUUUAUUCAGCAAGGAUGCAAAUUGACCAAAUACAGUAAAGACAUUUAUAAUUUUGCAAAAUAUUGCUAUUUUGAAUAAAAGCUGUUUUUUGAACUUUCUACUUAUCAGAGAAUCUUUAAAAAAAAGAAUUGCUGUCUCACUGACCCUGAACUUUUAAUAGUCUUAAUAAAAAUAGUAUAAAAAAAACUAUAAAGAAUUGUUGGGAAUACAUAAUGGACACUGUUACUUACUUAAAUUAAACACUUAAAAAAGCCUUAGUAUUGUGACAUGUUUUCCUAAUUAAAGUCUACAUGAAAUAGCAAUGGCAA